GGAGCCGCUGCCGCCGCCGCCGCCGCCGAGCUCCAGUAGCAGGAAGAUCCUGCUGGAGGCCGGAUCCGGGGGAGGCGGCGCAGGAGCGGCGGGAUUCGGAGGCCUCUCGGAGGCGCUUUUCCAGGCCGGCGCCUCAGGGCGAGGAUCGAGGGGCGCCAUGAGGAGGAGAUCGCUGGGCGGGGGAGUUGAUUUGAAGGGUGCAUGUGACUAACCCAUCUCAGAAUCCCUCACCUGCCCUGGCACUUCAGGAGCCUAGUAGCAUUGGAUUGUCGCUGGUUCCGGACACCCUCAAGGGGCCAUGAGACUAGCAGGUCCCCUUCGUGUUGUUGUGAUCGUCUUGACAGCAGGACUGACCUGGAUCCUUGUCAGCGUCUUGUUGGGUACCCAGAGUGGCUUCUCUCGCCUGCAGCAGUUCCUCAGGAGUCCUGAGAAUCCUCCUACAUCAGAAAAUACUGGUUUACCUCAAUGUCCUCGGGUUAUUCGCCAAGAAUUGGCCAGCAUGCUUGAUGAGAUCAGAGUGGUCACGGCAGAGAAAGCAGGCAGCAACAGUAGACACCGCAAACCUAGGCCUAAGAAGUACAAGUGUGGCCUUCCUCGAGCCUGCCCAGACAACUCGUUCGCCUUCCGGAUCAUGAGUGGUGCAGCUAAUGUCAUUGGGCCCAAGAUCUGCCUUGAGGAUAAAAUGCUAAUGAGCAGCGUGAAGAACAAUGUAGGCCGGGGCCUGAACGUUGCACUGGUGAAUGGAGUGAAUGGAGAACUGAUUGAUGCGAAGUUCUUUGACAUGUGGGCAGGAGAUGUGAACGAGUUGUUAAAAUUUAUCCGGCCGCUGCACGAGGGGACGCUGGUGUUUGUGGCCUCAUACGAUGAUCCUGCGACAAAGAUGAAUGAGGAGACCCGUAAAAUCUUCUCAGAACUGGGCAGCAAGGUUGCCAAAGACCUAGCUUUUCGAGAUAGCUGGGUUUUUGUAGGAGCCAAAGGGGUGCAGAACAAAAGUCCUUUUGAACAGCACGUCAAGAACAAAAAGAGCUCCAACAAGUAUGAGGGCUGGCCUGAAGCACUUGAGAUGGAGGGCUGCAUUCCACAGCGAACUGCUGAGGUCUAGUGAGGACCUGUUUCCUUGAAGCCUGCGGUGUCUUUUUGUGGUGGGGGAAAGGUCCUUGCUUGUCCACCUGUUAUUGUCUUCCCAUAUGGUGGCAGCUAUCCAUUCUCCUCUCCAGCAGCCUCUGCCUCAACUAGGCAAUCAAGUUUUCCUUUCCAAAAGGCAUGUCUGGCCCAAACCCUGGGAAAGGAAGUGAGGUAUAUGUGAGGCCACCCCCCCAACUCUCCCCUAGUGCCUUAUUUUUCUCUUGGCUGGAAGAACUCAUCCUACUUCCCCUUUCCCUGUUGCUCUGAAUGUGAUGAGCAGAUUGGUGCCCUCUGCUCAGAGGAAGCAAGUGUAUUUAUGUGACAGUCUUUCUUUUUCCACAGUGAUCUGCUCACAUGGUGGGGAACCUGUGGCCCUUUGGAUGUUGCUGGACUCCAGCUCCCAUCAGCCCCAGUCAGCCCUGCCAGUGGUUAUGGGGUGAUGGGAGUUGUAGUCCCAACUACGUUGGGAGGCCCACAGGUUCUUCAUUCCUGCAUUAAAGGGGCCACUACUUUUCUAUAAUAGUUUAUGUGGUUUAUGUUAGUUCUUCCACUACUACAGACACUAAUAUAUUGGAGGAAGGAGAUUAAGGACAAUCCUUUUUUUGGUUUUGGUGAAUCUCUUGAAAAAUGUCAAGUUGCUGUUUCCUGAAAGACAAUGUUGGUACUUAAACUGUGAUGGGAAUUGGAGAUGGAUCACUGUUCAUACAUUGUUGUGGAAAGGAAUCAAAGCUGAGUUUCUUUUUUUCAGAACACUUGUUGAUAAACGGUAUCUCCAAUAAACAAUGUGCACAGCA